AUGGCACGGAAUGAAGUAUUUGACGGACCAAUCUCUGAGAGUAUACCCUCUAGUAUUGUCUCUUUCGCACAUCGUCGAGACCGAAAGGACUCAACAGUUAGCCUUGCAUUUUUUGAAGAGAACGAAGACCAUCGAGAAUGGGCAGAUGAAGAUGCAGUUGAUGUCGAUAGCGACCACUAUGAUCUUGAAGUGACGGAUCUACAGACUGCCAAUCAUCCCUUUCAGUCGAAAAGGUCACCUUCAUCCAGAGACCCUGUUGAGGAGCCUUUGCUCUCUCGAUCACACUCGACCAAUUCUAACACACGACAUUCGAGUGUGGGAUGCAGACUAACCCAGAAAAUUUACAUAGACUCUGAAGAUUUAACAGCUGCUCUCGCCGGUUUUUCAACAAGCACUGUUGGUAUUCUCAUUUAUUCAGCACUGUGCAUUCUUACUCUUGGCAGUGCUUAUCUUAUAUUUCGAUGGGUGCCAAAAUGGCGUUUCCGUUUGAUUGGAAAACCUGCUCCACUUUGGAAAUGUCAAUGGGUUGUAGUUGAGGACCAGUGGAAUCAGCUUGUGGUGCUGAAAAUCCACACGCAAACUAUCGGGCAGCCGAUUAAUACCAUCUUCACAGAUCUACAUGGUUAUUCAUUCCAAAAUGAAGAAGAAAAUGACUCAUGUACUGGGUCUCUGCGAUAUAUUGACUAUCGGCAAAUCAGACUUUUUUAUCAUCCAUGCAAGGACAAGUUCUUCUCCAUUAGCGGCUGGAAAGAUCCACUUUGGACAGAUGUGAAGGUCAUGCGACGUGGCUUAGACACUGAUGACCAUGAGAGCCGUAUCAAGCUAUUUGGCAAGAAUCUACUUGACAUCCAACAGAAGUCAAUUCCUCAACUUCUUGCCGACGAAGCUUUUCACCCCUUUUACAUUUUCCAAAUCGCCAGUCUUCUUCUCUGGUCACUGGAUGAGUAUUACUACUAUGCAGUAUGCAUUUUUCUCAUUUCAGUAUUCAGCAUCAGCGCAACUGUCAUUGAGACCCGAUCUACACUGCGUCGCCUUCGGGAAAUAUCGCUUUUUGAAUGUCACCUCCGUGUCUUGCGAAACGGCUUUUGGGGGUCUGUUCCUUCAAGCGAGCUAGUACCCGGUGAUGUAUUUGAAAUCUCUGACCCAUCAUUAAAUCAAGUUCCUUGUGACUGCCUGCUUCUUUCUGGAGAUUGCAUCGUUAAUGAGAGCAUGCUCACAGGCGAAUCUGUUCCUGUAUCAAAAUUCCCAUUAUCAGAUGAUGCUCUCAGAGCCCUUGAUUUAAAUGCCCCUUCUGUUCAGCCAAGUGUUGCAAGUAAUUUUUUAUUUAAUGGCACAAAGGUGAUACGAGCGCGACGGCCACUAGAUACCAAUGAUGAUGAGGCUGUUGCACUGGCAAUAGUUGUGAGGACAGGGUUCUUGACCACAAAAGGUGCUUUGGUCCGUGCAAUGCUCUUCCCGAAGCCUUCAAACUUCAAGUUUUAUCGCGACUCGUUUCGGUAUAUCUCAGUCAUGGGCAUUAUUGCCAUCCUGGGCUUUGUCUUAUCCUUUGUUAACUUUCUUCGACUUGGACUUUCGUGGCGGGUUAUUAUUGUAAGAGCACUGGACUUGAUUACAAUUAUUGUACCGCCAGCUUUGCCUGCAACUUUGACAAUUGGCAUAAACUUCGCGCUUGCCCGCCUGAAAAAAGAACAAAUAUUUUGCAGUAAUCCUCAGAGGGUUAAUUUUGGCGGUAAAUUAGAUGUUGUCUGCUUUGACAAGACAGGAACGCUUACUGAAGACGGCCUGGACGUGCUGGGAGUUCGGGUGAUCGACCCUAAUACCAGACAUGAUAUCAUAUGUACCAUGGCAACUUGUCACUCAUUAAGAGUUGUGGAUGGGGAGCUGAUAGGUGAUCCUCUUGAUAUCAAAAUGUUCCAAUUUACUGGGUGGUCCUUCCAGGAAGGUGGAAGCAAUAUAAAUCAGCACCCGAUUUUUAAAUAUGAUACAGCAACGCCAUCUAUUGCCAAAUCUCCCAUAGCAUACCAAUGCUCUGACCAGCAAGGACAUCAGAGCCUUAAUUCCCAAAUGGAGCUUGGAAUUAUUCUGAAUUUCGAAUUUCGAUCUGAACUCCGCCGAUCAAGUGUUGUUGUGCAGCAGCCUGGCAAAGAAGAAUUGACCGUCUUUGUAAAAGGAGCUCCAGAAAGUAUAAAAGCUAUCUGUUGCCCGGAUUCAAUACCGCUUGACUUUGAAGAGCUGUUGAACCAAUACACCCAUAGAGGCUAUCGUGUUAUUGCAUGUGCUAUGAAACACAAAUUGAGACCUAAGCGGUUAAAUAUCUCAAUGUUAUCAAGGGCAGAGGCAGAGUGUGACUUGGACUUUAUCGGCUUUAUCAUCUUCGAGAAUAAACUAAAGUCAAGCACUACCGAAGUCAUCUCCGAGCUGAAUAAAGCAGGGAUCAGAAAUGUGAUGUGCACAGGUGAUAAUAUACUAACUGCUAUCAGUGUUGCGCGGGAGUGCAGUAUUAUUAACCCUGGGGAACUUUGUUUUAUCCCGCAGUUUAUAGAUGGUAUGGAAAUUCAUGCUAAUACAUUUCAGCCUUCACGAACAUCAAGCAGUACAGAUUUAUCUAUUCCAGCCAAUAACUACAAUAUGUGUAACUACUCUCUUGCCGUGACUGGUGACGUGUUUCGAUGGAUAGUGGAUUAUGAAACCGAGGAUAUCCUCAAAAGGAUGCUGGUACGCGGGAAAGUUUUUGCUAGGAUGUCGCCAGAUGAGAAGCAGGAGCUUGUACGGAAUUUGCAAGCUCUUGAUUAUUGCUGCGGAUUUUGUGGCGAUGGAGCCAACGACUGCGGCGCAUUGAAGGCCGCAGAUGUUGGUAUCUCGUUGUCCGACGCCGAAGCGUCUGUCGCGGCACCAUUUACAAGUCGUGUUUUCGAUAUUUCUUGUGUCCUAUCCUUGAUAAAGGAAGGCCGAGCGGCGCUGGUCACAAGUUUCUGCUGCUUCAAGUAUAUGAGUAUCUAUUCCGCGAUACAGUUUACUACCGUCAGUUUUCUGUAUAAAUCAGCAUCAAAUCUCGGGGAUUUCCAGUUUCUUUUUGUAGACCUAGCUCUUAUAUUACCAAUCGCCAUCUUCAUGGGAAGGACCGGUCCCUAUCCGGAACUUUGCUUGAAAAGGCCGACUGCAGAUCUUGUUUCCCGCAAGGUGUUGACUCCGCUAAUUGGACAUAUUAUAAUUUGUGUCUUGACACAGUAUCUAGCAUACAAAACGGUUCAAUUCCAAGCAUGGUACCAGCCCCCUCAGAUAGACUUGGAUAACCCAAACAUCGAAAAUUCCGAGAAUACGGCAUUAUUUUUGAUGUCUUGUUUUCAGUACAUCCUCACAAGCAUUGUACUGAAUGUGGGCCCGCCAUUCCGAAAACCCAUAACAUCAAAUAAACCAUUUUUGUACACAAUUGUGGUUGAUUUGUUGAUAUCCAGUUUUCUUGUCUUUAACCCUUCGGUCUGGGUAUCGGACAUCAUGCAGCUGACAUAUUUAUCCCCUGGGUUUAAAAUUUGGCUUCUUGUGUUAGGGGUUUCCAACUUCUCGAUAUCUUUGGUGGCAGAGCACAAAAUAUUCCCCCCUUUGGCAAAGUUGAUCGGUUACAUUCGGCUUACAAUGGGGCAGAGAUAUCAGAAGCGACGCCGCCAAUAUAAAAUGGUCCUUGAGGAAAUGCAGGGGUAG